AUGAUUGUUGUGGGUAAAGACGUAGGAACGUCGGCUAAGCAGCAGCGCAGGGUCUCUCCGCUUUGUAAUUUGUAUCUUAGGGUUUGCCCAGUUCAAAAAUGGCCGCCUUGUCCGACAUGCUUAGCCGCGCGGUGCAUGCUGGCCCGGGAGAGUGACCCUGAGCUGAGGCCCGUCUGCUGGUGUAUAGAGAGGGUCUUGGAGAGAGCGGUGCACGGUGCUAUCAUGUGGUUUGAAAUCCUACCAGGCCUUGCCAUCAUGACCGGCUGCAUGAUGAUCCCGGGACUGUCCACCCUAUAUAUUCAUCGACUUACUAAUGGGGGCAAGGACAAGAGAGUUGUUCGGUUUCCAUACCAUUGGUACCUCAUGCAGAGGGACAUACGAGUUUCUGGAGAACAGCUCUAUUACCGAUCAAAG